ACAGCUGUCAAAAAAGCGCUUUGUAAAAUUACUCAGCAAAAAACAAAAGAAGGCGGAGAGAAAAGUGAACGCCGCAAUUGUUAAAUAAAAUAAAUUUCGUUAUUUGUAACAUUGAACAAAAGACUAAAGACUCGCUAGCAGAAUAUGACGGGUGAGUCGAAGCUCGAGAAAAAGCAGCUACCCCAAGGGGAUGCCAAGGAUGCGAAGGGAAAACAAGUGUCCCAGGGACAAGGGCAGGAAGAUGACAAAGCCAAAAAGGAUGAAAAAGAACAGCAGCCAGAGCUAUCGGAUGAGGAUCAACAGCUGCAGGAGGAGCUGGAGCUGCUGGUGCAGCGUCUGCAGGAAAGUGACAAAAAAUUGUACAAACCAGCUUUGGAAAUGAUGGCGAAAUUAAUCCGCGCCUCCACCACGUCAAUGACAUCGGUGCCAAAGCCAUUGAAAUUUAUGCGUCCCCAUUAUGAAACAAUGAAAACGGUUUACAAGCAUAUGCCCGAUGAACAAACACGUCAACUAUGCGCCGACAUCAUUUCGGUGCUCUCAAUGACAAUGGGCAGCGGAAAGGAUUGUCUGGCGUAUCGUUUCCUGUGCGAUCGCACCCAAACCAUUGGCGACUGGGGACACGAGUAUGUGCGUCACUUGUCGGGCGAAAUAUCCGCACAUUAUCACGACACCACUGGCGAGUUUCGCACUCAGUUAAUUGAGCUGGUCAAGCAGAUAAUACCAUACAAUAUGGAGCAUAAUGCGGAGGCAGAUGCUUGUGAUCUGCUCAUUGAAAUUGAUCAUUUGCAUCUGCUCGCCGAGUAUGUGGAUGAAUCGGCUUAUCCGCGCGUCUGCCUCUAUCUGCAGUCCUGCUAUCCCUAUGUCCCAGAACCCGAUAAUACCAUCAUUCUGGAGACGGCAUUGCAGUUGGCGCGCAAGUUUCAACAGCACACGCAAGCCAUGAGAUUGGCUUUGAUGUUGAAUGAUAUGGGAAAAAUUGGCGAGAUCUUUAAGGAGCCCAAGGAGGCAGCCAUGCAGAAGCAACUGGCUUUUAUGCUGGCUCGCCAACAGGUGUGCAUUGAAUUGGAUGAAUCUGUUGCGGACUAUGAUGAUUUGAUGGAGAUCAUGUCGAAUGCCAAUUUAAAUAAGCAUUUCUUGAAUCUGGCACGUGAAUUGGACAUUAUGGAGCCAAAGACGCCUGAAGAUAUUUACAAAUCUCAUCUGGAUAACUCUCGCUCCCGAUUCGCAUCCAUUCAAGUGGAUUCGGCCAAACAGAAUUUGGCUGCCAGCUUUGUCAAUGGCUUUGUGAAUGCUGGCUUUGGUGUGGACAAGCUCCUCUCGGAGGAUGGCAACAAAUGGCUGUAUAAGAACAAGGAGCACGGCAUGCUAUCGGCCACAGCAUCGUUGGGUUUGAUUCUGCUUUGGGAUGUGGAUGGCGGCUUGACCAUGAUUGACAAGUAUCUGUACUCCACCGAUGACAAUAUCAAGUCGGGUGCAUUGCUUGCCUGUGGCAUUGUUAACUGCGGCAUUCGCAACGAGGUAGAUCCUGCACAUGCUUUGCUAUCCGAUUAUAUUGAUAAUCAAAAUUCUUGCAUGCGUAUUGGAGCCAUUUUGGGUCUGGGCAUUGCCUAUGCCGGCUCCAAUCGAGCCAUUGUCAUCGAUACGCUAAAAACUGUCUUUGCCAGCAGCGGUAAGACAUCGCCCAGUGUGGAGAUUCUUGGCAUUACGGCACUGUCGCUGGGCCUGAUAAGUGUUGGCACCUGCAAUGCUGAAAUAACGGAAAUCUUGCUGCAGACCAUCAUGGGCAUGACCAAAACCGAUAUGAAGGAUACAUACACGCGUUUCCUUUGGCUAGGCUUGGGAUUGCUUUAUUUAGGACGUCAAAAGUCAACGGAAGCCGUCAUGAUGACCCUGGAAGUGUUGGAGGAGCCGCAACGCAGCAUGGCCACCACCAUGGUGGAUAUAUGCGCCUAUGCCGGCACUGGCAAUGUGCUUAAAAUUCAACAGUUGUUGCACAUCUGCUCCGAUCACUAUGAAACCACAAAUGCUGAUGAGGAGAAGGAGAAGAGCAAGAAGGACAAGAGCAAGGAAAAGGAAAAGGAUAAGGACAAGGAGGAGAAGAAGGAGAAGGAAAAGGAGAAGGAUCUGUCACCCACUCAAGCAAUUGCUGUGCUGGGCAUUGCAUUGAUUGCCAUGGGCGAGGACAUUGGUGCCGAGAUGGCAUACCGCUCGUUUGGCAAUUUAUUGCGAUACUGCGAGCCGGCAAUUCGACGUGCCGUUCCCUUGGCAUUGGGUCUGAUAUCCGCCUCAAAUCCCAAGCUGAAUAUACUGGAUACACUCAGCAAGUUUUCGCACGAUGUCGAUGCGGAAGUGGCACACAAUGCCAUCUUCGCCAUGGGUCUGGUCGGUGCUGGCACCAAUAAUGCACGUCUCGCCUCCAUGUUGCGCCAGUUGGCCCAAUAUCAUUCAAAGGAUCCGAGCAAUUUGUUCAUGGUGCGCAUUGCCCAGAGUCUGACCCAUUUGGGCAAAGGCACACUAUCGCUGAGUCCAUAUCACAGUGAUCGACAGCUAAUGAAUCCUAUGGCUGUUGCUGGUCUGAUGGCAACAUUGGUAUCCCUGCUGGACGUAAAGAAUCUAAUCCUAAAUCGUUCCCAUUAUCUGCUUUACACACUGGUGCCGGCCAUGCAAGCACGCAUGCUGAUCACAUUCGAUGAGGAGCUCAACCAAUUACAGGUGCCGGUCCGCGUUGGUAUUGCCAUCGAUGUGGUUGGGCAGGCGGGCAAACCGAAGACCAUUACUGGCUUCCAGACACAUACUACGCCCGUGCUGUUGGCCAUUGGCGAGCGUGCCGAAUUGGCCACCGAUGAAUACAUCUCGCUGACGCCCGUCAUGGAGGGAUUUGUCAUAUUAAAGAAGAAUCCCAACUUUGUCAAGUAAUCGCUGCUAUCGUUUAUCGUUUAAGACAUGAAAUGUAUAUGAAAAUGUCGCCCAUUUAAAGAAACCUAAAAUUAAUAAUACUUCCUCCCCAAAAACAAAA